AAAACAGAUGGCGUAUUUGACGCCACCAGACAAGGUGCCGCCUGCCCACAGAAUCCAUUUUUUCUCGCCCCAAACGAAAAAGUUUCCGAGGACUGCCUGACCAUGAACAUCUUUGUCAAAAAUCCCAAGUACGCCACCAUCAACGCCAAAAAGGUCUUGGUUUGGAUACACGGCGGCUCCUACCUCUUCGGCUCCUCCUUCCUCUACGACGCCGGAAGCCUCGUGACGAAACACGACGUCAUCGUCGUGACCAUCCACUACAGGCUGGGCGUCCUCGGCUUUCUGAGCACCGAAGACGAGGCCAGCCCCGGAAACUACGGUCUGUGGGACCAGGCGCUGGCGAUUGAAUGGGUCAAAGCCAACAUCAGGGAUUUCGGCGGCGAUCCGGACGACAUCGCCAUCGCCGGGGAAUCGGCGGGAGCCGCCUCUGUUUCGACCCUGUCUAUAAGUCCGUAUACCGACGGCCUUUUCACAAAGGCGUACUCUCAUAGCGGCAGUGCGACAUCUUUAUUCUCGCGAUACACUGAUGCUAAAGGUGAUGCACUUCUCUUGGCGAAAUCCCUAAACUGUACGAAGAUUGUUGCCCAAACGUAUCUCAGUCCUACGGCGUCCAAAGCUCUGAUUCAGUGUCUGAGAACCAAACCCGCCGACCUUCUUGUACCCCCUCCAGAACUUCUUAGAAGUACGUUCGUUCCCCGGGUCGAUGGGGACUUUAUCCCGAGACCACCGAUCGAACUCUUACGUGACUCCCAAUACCUGCAGAGCGUUGGAUUUUACCGCAGGAAAUAUCUGGUCGCAAUUAACAAUAACGAAAUGAGCGCCAUUGAUCCCCGUUACGCGCCCGCCAAGGCCAACUUCUACGCUUCCAGUAAUUUGACCACUUCCGCAAAGGAUGCGCUGUGGCGGUACUUCGCAAUCUACGGCCGCACUGCCGAACGCUUGGAAGUGGCCGAGGCUGACCCAACAGUGGCCGAGGCGGUUGGGAGCUGGUACGAAGACCGAUACCCGGGAGAGUCCGGCUACACUCAGGUUUUGAACGACCUGCAGUUCACGAUUCCGACCUUCGACGUCCUCAACGCGGUUGCCCUCAACCGGGCCUCGUCCGCCUGGCUGCUGUACUUCAACCACUAUCCGAGCUUCAUGCGAGGGGAGAGGAGGGGAAUGAUCCACGCGUUAGAUCUGGUCUACUGGUUUGAUAUCUCCACCGACGUCAUCAACAGUUUCGUCGGUGCGGGCGCCGUCGGGGCGUUCAGCGAGGACGAACUCUGGCUGAAGAAAUUGUACUCCUCGAUCGUUGCCGAAUUCAUCAAAACUGGGUGA